AUGUCUAUUCAAGUCAAAUUCUCUAAUAUUUUAAAAAUUCGUUAUUUAAUUUUAACUAUUUCAAUUAUUUGUAUGGCACUAAUAUUUUCAAAUUGUUUAUUAUUAAAUUUCACAAUAAUUUGUAUGAAUCCAGUAAAAACUGAAUUAAUAAAUGAUUUUAAUAUUUCUUUAAAUAAAUAUGGCAGCCAAGAAGAAAAUGAUGAAAAUGAAUUUUCAGCAAUUGAGCGUUCUCUUUUAUUUUCUGGACCUGCUAUAGGGUCAAUUAUUGGAAGUUUAAUCAUCUCUCCUUUAAUUGAACUAUUUUCUGUUAGACAUACAAUAACUGGCUUUUGUAUAAUGUCUGCAUUGUCUACUUUAGGUAUUCCUAUUGGAGACAAGAUUUUUGGUUUUUGGUCUAUCUAUUUAAUGCGAAUAAUUCAAGGUACAUGUUUUGCAGCUCAAUAUGUUGUUGUUUCAAUAGUUUCACGUAAAUGGGCGCCUGUUACAUCUACGGCUACUUUUUUAAUUUUAACUUCUAUACAUUUUCAAUUUGGUCAAUUAUUUACAAUGCCUACAGCUGGAUAUUUUUGUGAAAGUAAUUUUGGAUGGGAAGGAGUAUAUUAUACAAUGUUUACAUUAACUUUAAUAUUUACAAUUAUUUUCUUUUUUAUUUUUCGUGAUUGUCCUUCUGAACAUCCAUGGAUAUCUGAAAUUGAAUUAAAAGAAAUUGAAUUUGGUAAAGCUGAAAAAGAAAAUAAAGAAAACAACAAAAAACAAAAAGCUCCAUAUUAUAAAAUGUUAACUGACUGGACAACUUGGUUGUUAUUUGUAACAUUUUUUUGCAGUGAAAUUGCCUUUCAAUUUUUAUUAGAAAUGGGGCCAUAUUAUUUAAAUAAAGUAAAAUAA